AUGGAAGACGAGUCGGCCAGAUGCGCUGCCAACCUGAAGAGGCUAAAGCGUCAGUUGGUCGAGGCCCAUUGCACGGAAGCCGAGCUGAGGGAAACAUUGACUGAGGCUGUCCAGAGUAAACUUCGUAAUGAAAGUGAAGCCAAGCUAAUGAGGAGGCAACUAGGCGCUGUCAAGGAAGAGCUGCACCAAGCUCGGCUCGAUAGCAUGGAAGCAAAUCACGAGGUUUGCCUCUACAGUUAA